GCGGAAGUUAUGAUUCAGAUUGUUGUCACUAAAUUGGAAUUUCUUCUGUCGUGUGUUGUGCAUAAAAAUACUACAAGUAUAGAUAUCUGCCCUAGUGAGCCAUGAGUGUUGGUUCCCCUGCAGUGGGGUCCCUCCAGUUGAAAUGGGACCCCAAAAAUCUGGAGAUCCGGACAAUGUCUGUGGAGAAGACACUGGAACCUUUAGUUACACAGGUAACAACCCUAGUUAAUCAAAAAAGUCCAUCAAAUAAAAAGAAAGGGAGGUCAAAGAAGGCACAUGUUUUGAGUGCCGCUGUUCAGAAAGCUACAGAGAAUUUCAUCGCUAGAGGAGAGGAAAUCGCCAAUGAAAACCCAGAUAUCAGGCCUGAUAUGAUGGCAGCUGUCGACGAAGUCAGGAAAACUGGGGAGGUAAUGAGGGAUGCCUCUACUGAGUUUGCCGCUGAGCCCUGUUCCCUGUCUAAGCGGGGGGCCAUGGUACGGGCCGCUAGAGCUCUCCUGUCUGCCGUCACAAGACUUCUGAUCUUAGCUGAUAUGGUGGAUGUUCAUCUCUUGCUGAAAUCUCUUAGAAUGGUUGAGGGUGACUUGGAUAGAGUACGGAAUGCCACAAGUCAGCAGGAGCUGAUGUCCAGCUUCAAAGAUUUAGGAGAGAGCUUAGUAGAUCUAGCUCAGCGAGCUGCCCAAAGACAGAAUGAUCUAAAGGACCCCAGAAGGCGUGACGAUUUAGCUGCUGCUAGGGCUGUCCUCAAGAAAAAUAGCAUGAUGCUGCUGACGACUUCAAAGGCUUAUGUAAGGCAUCCAGAACUUGCUCCAGCCAAAUCAAAUCGAGACUAUGCCUACCAACAGCUUGUGGAUGCCGUCAACACAAUAUCUGGUGUGGCCCAGGCCUCGGGGGCCUCUGAUGCUCACCCAUAUGAGGGAGCUGGGGAACUGGCUUCAGCAUUGGAUGAAUUGAUGCAAAAAAUAAUCAUGGAUCCCUUGACGUACAAUGAAGUGAGGACCCGGCCCUCGUUAGAGGAAAGACUAGAGAGCAUCAUCAGUGGCGCUGCCCUAAUGGCAGACUCCUCGUGUACGCGGGACGAUCGCAGGGAGAGGAUCGUACAGGAGUGUAAUGCCGUCAGACAGGCCUUACAAGAUCUGUUAACAGAGUACAUGAACAAUUGCAGGAAACCACAAUCAAGUAAUUUCAAGGUACAGUCUGGAAGAAGUGAGAGAAGUGAAGAUUUACAGAGAGCCAUAGAUAACAUGGAACGUAAAACAAAGGACCUCAAGAGACAGCUGAGAAAAGCAGUGGUGGAUCAUGUUUCUGACUCCUUCUUGGAGACUAACGUGCCCCUCCUUGUCCUGAUAGAGGCUGCCAAGGCCGGGGAUGAGAAGGGGGUGGAGGAGUAUGCCCAGGUGUUUGCUGACCACGCCAACAAACUUGUGGAGGUAGCAAACUUGGCCUGUUCUAUGUCCAGCAAUGCAGAAGGUGUGAAAAUGGUCAGAAUGACUGCAGCUGAACUCGAAAGUCUCUGUCCACAGGUAAUCAAUGCAGCUCGAAUUCUUGCCAGUCGUCCUAGGUCAAAGGUCGCUCAAGAAAACAUGGACGUGUUUAAGGAUGCCUGGGAAAGAGAAGUGCGGAUCUUGACAGAUGCUGUAGAUGAUAUUACCACCAUUCAUGAUUUCUUGGCUGUGUCUGGUAAGAGGAGUUAA